UAACCUUGGUCGUACGUUUUUGGAAAACAAAUGAGCGGAGAAAGUGCAAUGAGUAUAUAAAAGAAUCUAUUGAUGUGGUCGAGCACUUUCAAAGUUAGCGAUUCUCUACUCACUAAAGGAACGCACGAUUUUUCACCGAUUUUAAGUUCCGCAUCGUUUUCCAUACUUCCAUAUAGGGGAGAACAAUUUACACGAGGAACAUCCUAAUUCAUUCGUUGUUCCGUGAAAAGAAAGUUAAUACGUGUUUUCGUUGUUUUCGUAGAAGCUUUAAUUUUUAAUUAUAUUUCAAACUUCUGAGUUAAUCGUAUUGAUUUGUAAAGUUAUUGCGUGUAAAAUCGAAGACCGGUUUCUUUCUUUACAUCGUUUAUAUAUCAGUGCACUUACUUUUUCUUUUUUUGACAACGAUUUAAUAUCAAUGAUCGCGCGACUUUGUUAUGAAGAAACAAAAAGAAACGAUCUAAUUUGCUAUGAAAACCAAGCAAUUCCUUUUGAAAAGUUGCGUACAUAAAUUUAUGUCAUAUAUUUGUUUUUCCAUUAUACUUACCUACGACGUAGCUUUCUUCCUUUCGUACGGGUGUAAAAGAAGUUAUAUAGAAACGAAACAUCGAUGCUGCUAUAUAUAAAGUCAGAGUGGAUUUUUACGCGACAGAGUAAAUUAAUCAUAGAUUUAGUUCUAUGAAAGCGAUUGAUUCCACGAUGAAGCAUAGUAUUGAAAUAAUACGUUGCUGUGAAAGUAAAAUUAACUCAAAGCCACGGUAUACUUUAUACUUCCGGUUCUUAAACGUGUUCCUUCAUAUAUUACGACUUACGACUUCGUUACUUUACGACUUCGUGGCUUGGUUGUUUCUUUCCAAACUUAAAAGCUAAUAAAGGUCAGGAAUUAAGCUCAUCAACAGGAAAGAGAAUGUUGUUAGAACAAGAACAAAUACGAUACAGCGUGUUAGCCGAUAACGUUAGAUAUUUGUGCGUUAACAUACAUUUUUCCAUUGAACAAAAAUAGGACGUUGUCAAGAUCUGUUAACUUCUGGUUUCAUUCACGAUUAUUCAAGAAAGUUACUUAAGGAUAUUUAGUCUGAUAAUUGCGCUGAAUUUUUUGAAACGAAACGUUCAACUUUCGUUCCAAACUUCAUAACGUGUAACAUCGAAACGAAAACGAAGUGCAUUCUUAAAGAACUAAAUUGUUGUAACUUCUUCUCCUUCUUCUUCUUUCUCUUUCUUUUUUGUCCUUUGUAAGGAUAUAUUUGUACGAAGCUAAUGACUACGAUUUUCUUUAGUAAUAUUUAUACAUAUAUAUAUAUAUAUAUGAACAUGCGACGCGCUGAUCAUAACAAUCAGAGUUCAGUAAUGCGUCAAUGAAAACAGCACGUCACGCGCACAUAAAAGUAUCAUCGUUGGUAAAAGCAUGUCUCGUCGUUAGGAAAGCGACCGAAGCACAUGCAGCCCGAUCGACCAUACAUAUCCUCUGCAGACAACUUCGAAAGUAAGGCCUCGAUCACGUUUUGUUCGACGCAACUUGGGGCACGAACCAAAUAGAUCCGACUUAAGUUUUGUUUCUUUCGUUUCUCUCCCCCUCGCUAUCCCCCUACCAUAUUUUCCUUAUUUCUUUUAUCGAGCUCUAUUUCUCGAUUGUCGAUCGUAAAUUACGCUUCGUGAAUCUUCCUGCCUUUCCAUUCCACAAGAGGAAGCGAUAUAACCGAGUUAUAUACAAUAAAGUCGAAUUACGAAUCGCUUUUUGCAUUUUUCUUUUAAAAUUCAACUCGCCAGAUUUCCAUUUCAGAAGCGGACACUGCCUUACAGUUAAUUAAUGCGCGAAAGUCUACGAUCUAAUUAAACCGUGUACUUGGAUCGUGCAAAUUUUCUUAAAGCAGCCGUCUUAUCGGUUUGAUUUCGCUACACGUACAGGUCGUAUGAACCAGAUAUUACUGCAGACUAGAAGUCCGAUUAAGCUUUAGAUUCGAAAACAUAUCUUGCCCAUUAACGGCAAACGAGGCUACAUUGCGUCGAGUCGAACGCGCGUAUUUGUCAAUGUGGCACAUCUUCGAAGAAUUCUAGCGAGAAUAGAUACGCGUUAAACGCUCGGCUUUCCUUCGAUAGUAUUUUUGUAUGCUGUAAAUAUUUAUUCCCCCUCUUUUUUUUUCAUUUUUUUCUUUCUUUCCCGUUCCAUCUCCCUCCCCCCUCUCUGCCCCGUUUCGAUGUAUCGCUUUAUACACGCUCGCUGAAAUUCUUCGAUUCUUCUCAGCAAGAACAAUCGGUACUUCGUGCCUUCGAUCUAGGAUCGGACAAUCCAAGAGAUCGCAGACGACGGUGCAGAACUAUCCUUGGAAAUUUAUCCCGGGAAAGUUUAGUCGGUACAUUAUGCGCAAAACUGGGAAACGUUUGGAGAAUACGGGGUUGUGGUUGCACCGCAUGGAGGUUAUGCAUGCAUCGUUAUGGGGGAUGUAGCUGAACCCAACGCUAGCGAUAACUCUGCCGAGUGCAAAAUCGGUGGUGAGAGAAAAGAGGGUGAUGGGAAGGAGAGAGAGAGAGAGAGAGAGAGAGAGAAAGAGAGAGAGAAAGAGGCACGUGGGACAAGAGAGAAGUCGCGAUUGGUUAAGUCGGUUGGAAAAGCCCGUCUGACUCCUCGACCGGCCGGCACUUUGCUCAGUUCUCCACUGCGCUUCGAACGAACCGGAGCUUUCGCUAAACAAAACCGACGAGAGUCUCGUUACUUCUCGCGAUUUUUCGGUUAUAUCAUACAUAUCCACGCACGCACAAACAUACACGCACACACGCACACACGCACAGCUCAACGAUCGAUCGUUUGAUUUCGCAGUUCGCUUAAAACAACUCGGUUUGUAUCUUUAUCGCUUCAGAAACAUAAUCUUCCAAAUAUUUUUCGUCGAAGAAAUUUGUCUCGUCGUUCUCUCGAUCCUCAUCCUCGUCGUUACCCUUUACGCCGGUUUCUAAUCGUUCAAAGACAAAAGAAAAGAAAACGUAACGAGAGAUUAUAGGGGAAGAGAAGCUAUGCCCGUGAACGAAAAAACGUCGUUAGUCUUUGUUUAAGGUUCCUCGAUAGAUUUACAGCUAUCGCUUCCAAAUAGAAGGGAUUACUGGUACAAGGAAAAGGGAAUCGCUACAACCGCGAAAAUGUCGGGGAUAUCGGCGAAUCUGCUACAUAGAUGGUUAUUUUUGGUGGGGCUGAUCUGUUGUUCGUCGUGUCAAAGCGCUUCCUCUACGUUCGAAAACAAGACUGGCCAAAAUGAAGGCAAGCCGCGGGUAUUUUCGCCAAGAAUGGAUUACGACGAGUGGACACCGCUUGGCCGUGGAGAUCCUCUGAAGAACAAUCCGACCUUCGAUUAUGUUCCUCCUGUGCUUGAUAGAGUUCAAUAUUGGCUAGAUUCUCACACGACCGAGCCAUCCGCGAAACGCGACGUUCUCGUUUUGGGAGUCACCGCGAAGAAAACCAGCCCAAAAAUAGCGGAACAGUUUUUGAAAUUCGUAGACGGGCCAAAAUUCACGAGAUCGAAUCAUCAGGAUGUUCCGUAUAGAAACGAUUUCACCGGUAGCACCGGUGCAGAACCGCCGAAAGUCGUGAGAACGAGCAACUUUAGAAACGGGCCGAUCGACUAUAGGAAUCAAAAUAGAAUUCAAUCGAUACCAGCUAGCUAUUAUCCUAGUCCGUUUUACAAUCAAAAGACAGAACCUUACACGAUGAUGUUACCACCACCGUUCACUCACAAGGACAAAAUCGUCAGCUUUGUCGAGUCUACUCAACAGCAGCAGCAGCAGCAGCAGCAACAACAGCAACAAUACAACACGCAAACGGAAGAAGGACCAGUGCUUCAAGACUCACAAUUCUACGCUUCGCAACCUCCACCGAAAAGUUACAACCAGCAGCAGCCGGGAAAAUCACAAUUCCAGUCUCAAACUUUGUCCAAGUUUUCUCAAAACAAAAGCCCGCUUCAAACUGUCUCUAUGCAAGUGGAAACGAUCAAGAGCGUGCACGGUUCUUCGCCGUCGCAGCCUACGAAGCUCAAGUACGAAAGCGUGGCGACCACGCCAUCCGUUUCCUUCGAAAAGUCCAAUCUGAUUUAUCAGUCGACGCAAACUUUGUCCGGCGGCUGGCCAACCGGUAGCAACGGUGUUCCGUCGUCGACAUCGACCAUAUCGGACGCUAGUCAAUCCAUUCGGCAUACUACCGAUUACUCUCACGAUCAAUACGAAAUCGAUCACCACGUCGCGGCGGCAUCUUCGAAUCACCAAGUUAUCGUCGAACAGAAUGCAAAUAUAAUAGUCGACGGAGACAACAACAAGGAUGAGGAUGUGAUUAUAGGUCAAAAGGAGAAGGUCGAUUCGUCGAAUACAGUGUCACCCGUUACGACGACCUCUACGUCAAAUUUCGCUAAUGAUAAAAAGGAAAAUACGGACGAAUGGAAUGCCACCCGAUCGUCCGAAAAAAUGCACAUCGUUAUCGCUAAUUCGCCCCAUAGUCUCGACAUUGACACGGCGCACGAAACGAAGAAAGGGCAAGUGGCGGUCGUGAUGCCGGCCAACUAUUCGGAAAAGAAGUUCACUCAUGCUUCUUCGAGUUCGGAAUUGAAGCCGCCGGAAACCACCGCUGUAACCGGUCCGGUGGAAAAUUCGACGACGAUGGGAACGGAAGUGGGAAUUGAAAGCUCAUCGAAAAACGAGUUUCAGCCAGUUCGAGAUUCACCGAUCGAGUCUUCGAUCUUUCCACAAAGUUCUCAGUCCACUGCCAUUUUACCGAACAAAUUGAUGCCGACCUAUCAGAAGCAGCACCACGCGGUGCAUUUCCACUCGACGAUGGCGCCGUUUUCGUCCCGACAUCCUGUCGAUUCUAUGCUCGCCUUUGCACCACCGCAAGCUCCUCUUUCUUCGAUGAUGCACCCACAGAGUAGACCUAACCAUGGGGCGAUGCACCUGGCCGAUAGCAUGCGUCCAACCAUUGGUUUCCGAGCUCCAGUCUCGAUGUCGAUGUUUCCGCCGAUGACACAUAUGCACGCACCGCCUCCGCCCAUGAGAUCAACGAUCGAUCAUAUCGGAUCAUCGAUCGUUGGAGAUCAGUCGACUGCGCAUCGAUCUCCGCCGCAGUUACAGAAUUUGCCCUCGAUGUUCAUCGAUUCGCCACCGCGAACUUCGACUUUGACCGCGCACUCGAUCGCCACGGAGGAUCAUUAUUUCGAUCAGCAUCGAUCUCGCGUACCAGAGACCACUACAUCUAUCCUUCCCACGCCUACUUCUCUUCCUUUUUUGCCUACCGCUUCAUCGUCCUCGGUCGAGAAUUCGGCUUUGGCCGUUGUCGACGCACACACUCGACAUUUGCAAACGAACGACCGAGAUUCUUCGGGUAAGAAGGCACCGGCCGACGAGAAGGAGCAAGAAGAAGACAGAGAAAAGGAGAAAGAGAAAGUGGAAAUGGAAGUGGAAAUGGAAGAACAAGAGAAGCGGGAGAAGGAACGAGACAGCCGGAAGAAGAUAUCGAUCGGGUCGUCCUCGGUUCGUCCUCCGGACUCGACGACUCCUCCGAUCACUACCAUGCCGAGUUUGACCACGGAUCCCAUCUUCUCGCAUUAUAAACAACCGGCCAAACCUAUCCGUGGCCCGAUGUACCUCAUCAUUCAAGGUCAUUCAAAGGUGAAGACUUACAAACCUACCGUGAGCAAGCACGGUGUACCGGUAGAGGGAAACGAGAUCCCGGAAAGCGUCACCGAGAGACAACUAUCGAAGUUCGAUCAAUUCAUUCAAGAGAACACGAGAAACAGGAACAGCGCGGCAGCAGCAGCGAUCGAGAAGAAGAAGACGGAAGAAAAGGCGCGCGCUGAGAAGCUCGCGAAAGCUCGGCAAAAUAAUCUGAUGAGUCUGGUAGCGAGCGGUUUAGCAAGUUUCACCGUACCACCUUCUUCUUCCGCGGCUGAAGACGAACACCGAGGAAACACAGUGACCACAAUCGAGAUCAACGCCAAUUAAGACUGUUCGCGCAGACAGGCCAACAGAUUUUCUUGCAAAACGCGACCAUACGAUCCAAGCAUCAAUGAAAUCGAGAUUCGACUUGGCUCUGGGUUCCGCACACCUAUUACGAUAAACGCGAACGUCGUUUUAUACGGAACACGACAAGUUCGAUCGUACGAAAUUCGAUCGAGCAAAUAUCACGUUCGAAUCGGUCGAACCAGCAAAUAUCUGUCAGCUAAUCGGGAUAGCUAACGAUAACAAUACGCACACGCGAAUCUGCGAAUCUGCGAGUUCGUUCGAUCGUAAUCUGUCGGAUAUUUGGCUCGCGUUUCAACGAUCGAAUUUCCUUCCAUUAUUUUCAAUUACUUUGUCACGUAAUUACGCGAUCAUCUUUGCAGAGGCUCAUCGUGGUAGAUCCGCGAUCUAUCGACCUAGCACGGUCUCUCGUCUUCGAUACGAGAACGCGCGCCAAUUUCUAAUGUGCCAGUAUAUGUACACACACACACACGAUCGCGCGUACAAAAUAAAUGCGUAUAAAUUAUUGAUACACGCAUGCCUGCAUAUACGUAGAUAUAUGCGCGCAUGUAUACGUAUAAGUGAGAUAUAUACGUCGCGUGUCGUGACGAAUCAGCGGAUUGCUCAACCUAGAACUGUUUUCAACGCGUAAAUUAUUAUUGUAAAUUAUCGCACGACCGACUGUCGUCGCGCGAAACGGUCUUUUCACUCGGUACUGUUCUUUCUGUUCGAAAGAAUCCAUCCUAGCUCGAACAUGCACUUAGAUGUACGCGUGAAAAGGUCCAAGAUAUCCAUGCAACGUAUUUAUCGCAAUAUCGUAUCGUAAUAUCAUCAAUUACAAUCACAAUCAUCGCGAUCGAUAAUAGAUCUAUUGUAUCAUUAUGUCGAUACACGAUUAUCGCUUUUCCGAUCGAUGUGACUCAUGCGCGCAUCAAGCGAUCCGAUCGGUCCAGAUCAUCGAUUUAUUGAUUCUACAGAAAUAUUUACAUCCGCGUUCACGAUCACGUUGACGCUCACGCUCACGCUCACGAUAAGAGUCAGAUUUCCAUAGACGUUGCCAUCGCAUACAGUUCGUAUUGUAUUAUUAACGCUAGUCUUACGUCUACCAGUCAUCGUGCUUAUCGUAUCGUAUAUGCGCCAAUAUCCAACUUCGUAUUUCAAUCGUUUUAUUUACUUGUUGAAAUUGGUUACGAUCGUAGCGGUGACUGUACGUCCGGGGUCGUUAUCACGACCACACUUAACAGUUACGUUCACCGGUAUUACAAAAUACAAAAGGUAUUGCGAAUUCGGACGUUACACGACGAGUAAAAACGAUCGUUUGUGCGUGGCAGCGUAACGGGUCACGUACUCGAGAUUAUAAAAGGUGUACGCGAAACGGAUUCGGAGCAUCGUUUUCGUACGUACUCUAUAAGUGUGUACUAUGUUACGUACGAUGAAUUUGUACCUGACGGUCACACGUUUUGUUGUUUUUCCGUUUAUCAAUAAAUUAUCGCAUUAUAGGUUAUUAUAAUUUGUACUCUUGCGAGCGUCUAUCCAAACUUAUUUGCGAGUCGCUGUAGAACGUUUUGGUUUCCGAUGGGAGGAGAAGAUCGGUCAGCAAACGUCGCGUCCGCGUCGGUCAUUUUUAUCGAGCAUCGUUGAUACGUUAGGAUCGAGAAAGAAACGGCGAUCGAUUACACGCGUCCAUUGAAUGAUUUAUCGGCGAAACGAGGUUCUCCGGGGGGGAAGAGCGUUCGCGCGAUGUUAAAACUGCUGAAACGGUACUUGAUCACGAUUUAUCGGCAUUAACGGGCCUUAAUUUUCGCUUUUUACUUGGAACAGUUUCCGAUCCUUCGAAGUAACCUUCCCCUUUCUUUCUAAUCAAAAGUUACAAUUUUUCGAUUGUCCCGUGCGAUGCGACGCGAUGCGUCGCGACGACGUACUUCGAUACGUCACGAUCGCGAUCCUUUCCGACCUAUCAAGCAGAAAUGGCAAACGUGUGCCGAGAAGCGUCGAUCCAAUUCACCGAUCGUUCGUACCUAUACGAAGUAAUAUUGUACGCAAAAUGAAAAGAGAGGAGAGAGCUACGUCGAAGGACGACAGGAAGGCGGAAAGCCGAGAAGAAUCGGGACGAGUAGAAGGAGGAGGUCGAGGUGCAUCGAAAGUACGAAUUUAAAACUAAUUUAUGGCGUAAUUUAGCAUCAAUGUCGAUAACAUAAAUCUGUCACAGAGAAGACAGGGGAUCGAACCCUGUGUACAUGGACAUGCCGAGAAAAAAGUCGACGAAAUAACGUUACCGGCACGUAGGACCGACGAGCACCGACUACAGAUACACCGCGGCACAUGUCUCUUCUCGAAACGUUCUUACAGCUUCGUUUCCAUCGAUCCGCACACCAUGACCUAGCCGCUGCUGAUUCUUAUCGACUCCACAUAAUCGAGCAAUUAACAAUCCGCUCGUUCUUUGUCGUAUUACACGUAGCGUCGUUAACUUUCUUUUCCUUUCGUCGCGGAUUUCUACGGAUCGCAUUAGAGAGAUCACUUUCAGAACUCGUUGCUUCAAAACCUCGAAAAGGGGUCAUCGAACGUAGAACAUAGAGUUCAGAGCGCGAGAUUAAUCGAUGUUCCGACGCACGAAAAAGGGUUCCAUCGCUGGGAAAACAGCGAAGAUCGAAUCGUCGAUCAUCGCUUUGCUCAGUGUCCUCGUUCCUGUAACGAAAGCAAAGACCAAACAGAUACCAUCACCAACGACAAAGUAAAGUUAAGGGCUGGGUUCGCUUGUGAUAACGGCUCAACGUCGAUGUAGGUACGAUCGAUGAUAAGGAGGAAAGCAUCGACGAAACGAUUCGUUGGAUUUUUCAACAUAUUGGCAAGAUUACCGAACACGAGCAACCGGUGUGAAAAGUGGGUCGACCGACUCGGGUUAAAAACGAGAUUGUACAAUUAAAAGGAUCGGUUGGUUACAGCGAUUGGGAAGAAUUUCCGCUGGGAAGAGACUCGAUAGCAGCACUUUAAAACCGUGAUUAUUUAUUCAGGGCCUGAAAGGAGGAUACGGAACGUGAGAAAAAUGUCCGGCACGAACAUUACGUUGAUGCGUGUUGAUUGAGAGGCACGAUGGAGGAAAGGUCAUGCCCGUCACCACCUUAAUAAAAGUUAAAUGGGCGCGGGGAUGAGCUCGCGGCAUUAUCUUACCGUUAGCAGUGGAUGCGACGUGGUGGGUAUCGAUACUCGCCGACCCGACGCGGAAAAAUUCAACGCGGAUCUCCUUCGAGCUUCGCCGCUCGUCUUCGAGUCUUAUGUUUCUACACAUGCGAAUCGGCGUGGCGAAAAGGCUUUAUAUUAGUAACGCGUCAAGCUGUUCGCUGAGAAACGAUCCGAGCUUAGAUCAAACAGAAGAGCGUUAUAUUUAUUUCUAGGAGAAUCGUGGAAAAAGUUGUCCUGCCAUUUCUGGCCGAUCGUAUGCGCCACUUCCAUCCUGUUGCAGCGCGUUGUAUCCUACGCAUCCUUCCCUUCUGUUUCCCUCGUAUUUCCACCCUUUACUUAAGACUAACGCGUGUAACCGCAAACUGUCUAUUUCUCGUCAUCUACACCAGGGCUCGUCGAUCGUUUCUAUACAGUAUAUGUAUACACGUAAAUUGUUUCACUUAUCGUCGGCGUCGAUCGAUGAAGCAUCGGAUGUACGUAUCUAGAGGCGAAUUCCUUCAAGAUGGAAUCUCUCAAUACUCGACGAAGACACUGAUCAAUGAUUAAUAAUGGCAAAUGGCUUGUUGCGCUUCGUUCUACGUUUUCGUCCUUGUCUGAUCUGUAUCGCGUCGCGCCGCGUCGUACCGCGUCGUACCGCGUCGCGACGCAACUAUAAUCUGGAACGUGAUGUUCGUCUACGUCUACACGGGAAGCACAGGCCUCGUUACACCACUGUGGAAACUAGAAAUCAGUUGUAAAAACUAACCCAAUAUCGGUGUCUCCGUAUACCUCUCUCCCUGCCCCUUCCGAGCUCAGCUUGAAGGCUCUCUUUAGCCUCGCUGCGAUUCUGGUACCUGGAACCCACGCAACAUCUGCUACUUCCCUAGAUCCCUGGCUGUUGUUGCAACCAAGUUUACGUUUCUAAUCGACGAAAUCGCAACGAGAUAAAUCCGCGACGUGGAAUUAACGACAAACCGAGAUCGAGGAAAUCGCAUGGUUUCUAAAAGUGAGUGAUCUGAUGAUGGAAACGAGUCGAAAGAGAUGUCGUUAAGUCGAACAACGCUGGGUGUCUGUACCUAAUUCCUAUUCGUAUUCGUUCAUUUCGUUCGCUGUCGAUCGCGUAGUCUCGGUGUAUAGCUCGCGAACCUCGCAGGUAAAGUCCUCUCGUUAGAUAUUCGAUCGUUGAAGAUCGUUGAAAAUAAUUCUCAAUCGUUUGGUAAUGUUUUUGUAGAAAGAAGGAGAUCGUAAAUCGUUUCCGCUGUGUGGUACAGAUCAACAGCGGAAUCGACAGUUUCUUCGAAUCGUAUCAGAUUUACGGUUUCGUGUCAGAUGCAUGUCUUUGCGUAAGCGCAUUAGCGUCUCCAUUAUGUACGCUUUUUCUAAUAGGUUAGAACGCGGUUUCGCGAAUUUCACUCGGUCGAGCCAAAGAAACUUUCACGCUAUGCAAUUAGUACUUGUACUUUGAUAUUGCUAAUUCAAAAGGAGACACGAGAUCAAGAAAUUGAAGUAGCGGUGGCGAGAGUGGCUUAGAGCUCGCGCAAAGAAACGAAAUAUGUAUGUAGUACGUGAGUUCUAGAAACACACUGACGAGGACGCACCGCGACGCGAAGACUCGUCGUUUCCUCGUAUCGAUGGAUCGCUGCGUGUCUCUCAUCCGCCGUACACCAAUCGCUUCCUGUCGCACGCAUCCUUCACCUGCUUCUCUUUCCCUUCUUCUCGACUAUACGCGUCACAGCAACCGGUAGCCAUAGUUUUUGCACGACGAAACAUUCAACGAACGAACAGCAAGUUCGUAUUUUCGGCGUGAAAUGUUUCGCGAAACACAGUCCAAAGUCUAUCACGCGCGACUCACCAAUCGACGUAAGAUGAUCCGGAAGCGCUUAAGCUAACGAAAUGGUUAGGAAGACUAGGAGUAAUACUGUCUCACUUGAACAAAUAAUCCACCUCGGCGAUAUGUGUACGACGGGUGCAGGCACGACUACCGGCUUUUAGAUCUGACGACUUUAGAUGCAUAUAUGUAUACUGAACUAAUUCGAAACAUGUAAAACUUGGCCACAUAAAUUGUUUGUUGCUUAACCAGA